AUGAGGCAAUCUAUGGAUGUGGAUGAGAGGAUGGGGCAAUCUAUGGGUGUGUAUGAGAGGAUGGAGCAAAUCAUGAGUAUGGAUGAGAGGAUGAGGCAAUCUAUGGAUUUGGACGAGAGGAUGGGGCAAUCUAUGGAUGUGGACGAGAGGAUUGGGCAAUCUAUGCGUGUGGAUGAGAGGAUGAGGCAAUUCAUGAGUGUGGAUGAGAGGAUGAGGCAAUCUAUGGAUGUGGAUGGAAGGAUGGAGCAAUCUAUGGGUUUGGAUGAGAGGAUGGGGCAAUUCAUGAGUGUGGAUGAGAGGAUGUGUUAA